UCCCCUCGUCCGGCGCCGGGGCUGGCGGAGGCCGGAGCGAAGGCUGAGCCCCCUCCCCGUUCUGCCCUCCCCAGUCCCAUCGCUGCUCCCCUCGCCCGCCUCCGCCGACCCCCGGCUCCUCGCCCGGAGGAAGGGUGCGCGUAGCGCGCGUCUCCCGUCCACCGAAAUCUAUGAUCAGCUCGGUGUGUGUCUCCUCCUACCGCGGACGCAAGUCGGGGAACAAACCACCUUCCAAAACAUGCCUGAAGGAAGAGAUGGGCAAAGGGGAAGACUCGGACAAGAUCACCAUCAACGUAGGGGGCACCCGGCAUGAAACCUACAAAAGCACCCUACGGACUUUGCCGGGCACCCGCCUGGCCUGGCUCGCCGACCCCGAUGCCCAGAGCAAUUUUGACUUUGAUGGUAAAAGCAAUGAGUUCUUCUUCGAUCGCCACCCCGGGAUCUUCUCCUACGUCCUCAACUACUACCGAACCGGCAAGCUGCACUGCCCGGCCGACAUCUGCGGGCCCCUCUUCGAGGAGGAGCUCACCUACUGGGGCAUCGACGAGACCGACGUGGAGCCCUGCUGCUGGAUGACGUACCGCCAGCACCGCGAUGCUGAAGAGGCCCUGGAUAUUUUUGAGAGUCCUGAACCUGGAGGAGGGGCUGGAGGAGAGGAGCCCGAAGAGGAAGGGGGUAGGGAGAUGGCCCUUCAACGCCUGGGCAUGGAGGACAGGCCGCCGGGGGCGGCGGGGGCUGCCGGAGGGGGUGGCUGCUGUCGGAAUUGGCAGCCCAGGAUGUGGGCGCUCUUUGAGGAUCCCUAUUCAUCCAAGGCAGCAAGGGUAGUUGCUUUUGCCUCGCUGUUCUUUAUCCUGGUCUCCAUCACGACCUUCUGCCUGGAGACACACGAGGCCUUCAACAUCAACGUCAACGUGACGGAGACCCUCGUGGUGGGCAACACCACGACGAUCCUGCUGACGCACAAAGUGGAGACGGAGCCCAUCCUCACCUACAUCGAAGGGGUCUGCGUCCUCUGGUUCACCCUCGAGUUCCUGGUUCGUAUCAUCUGCUGUCCAGAUAAGCUUCUCUUCGUUAAGAACAUGCUCAACAUCAUUGACUUUGUGGCCAUCUUGCCCUUCUACCUGGAGGUAGGUCUUAGUGGCCUGUCCUCCAAAGCUGCUCGGGAUGUGCUGGGUUUCCUGCGAGUGGUUCGUUUCGUCCGGAUCCUUCGGAUCUUCAAGCUGACCCGACACUUUGUGGGUCUCCGUGUGCUGGGUCACACGCUCCGGGCCAGCACCAAUGAAUUCCUGCUCCUCAUCAUCUUCCUAGCUUUGGGGGUCUUGAUUUUUGCCACCAUGAUCUAUUACGCCGAGCGGAUCGGAGCCAAGACGUCUGACUCCAGCGGGAGCGACCCGACUCACUUUAAGAACAUCCCCAUCGGGUUCUGGUGGGCCGUGGUCACGAUGACGACGCUGGGCUAUGGUGAUAUGUACCCCAAGACCUGGUCGGGCAUGGUGGUGGGGGCUCUCUGUGCGCUGGCCGGGGUGCUCACCAUCGCCAUGCCUGUGCCCGUCAUUGUCAAUAACUUUGGGAUGUACUAUUCGCUGGCCAUGGCCAAGCAGAAGCUGCCAAAGAAGAAGAAAAAGCAUAUACCCCGUCCGGCCCCGAUGGACUCCCCCACCUACUGCAAAUCUGAGGAGAACUCCCCCCGCAACAGCACCCAGAGCGACACUUGCCCCUUGGCGGUAGAGGAAGGGGUGGCUGAGCGGAAGCGGUCAGACUCCAAGCAGAAUGGUGAGGCCAACGUGGUGCUGUCAGACGAGGAGCAGCCGCUGUCCCCAUCUGAUGAGGAGAAGCGGCCCAUGCGACGCUCGAGCACCAGGGACAAGAACAAGAAAUCCUCCACGUGCUUCCUCCUGGCCACGGGUGACUUCUCCUGCACAGCAGAUGGAGGCAUCCAGAAAGACACCUGCCAAGACACCCUCUCUUCCAGUUACCCCCAGGGUGAGGUGGUCACCUUCUCCUGAGCCCCAGCUGGACGCAGGCAGCACCCCAGCGAGGGACGUGUGCCCCGAGGGAUGCUCUCCCCGAAGCUAAGGGAUGUUUACCCGAAGGGAUGCGUUCCCUGAGGCCCAGGGAUGCUAUCCCACGGCUCAAGGAUCCUCUCCCUGAGGCUGAGUGAUGCAUUCCCCUAAAGAUGCCCUCCCCACGAUGCAGGGAUGCUCUCCCCACGGCCAAGGGAUGCUCUGCCCAAGGGAGGUGCUGUCACCGGUGCCAAGGGAUGCUCUCCCCAAACCUGAGGGAUGCUCUGCCCUAGGCUGAGGGAUGCAUUCCCCCAGGGGUGCUCUCCCUGAGGCCAAGGGAUGUUCUCCCGGUGAGCUUUGCCUGCCCCAUGCAGCGACCCAAAGCUCUGGCUGCCAUCCCCAUGGCUGGAGUAGUGGGGUUUGGCAGCCGAGUCCCCUGCUGAAGAGGGGCAGUGGGGGGCUCCCUGCCUGCUGCCAGCCCCGCUGUGCUCUGCCCCAUCCUCUGCCCCUGCUUUUGGAGAUGUGCCCCAGCCGCUGCCAUCCUGCAGAUGUGACUCAGCUGGAGUCCCACCGGCUGCUCACCCCUCACUCCUGUACCCCAUCCACGCUCUGACCACCUCCAUCGCCAAACUGGGGCUCUCCUCCACGCUGGGUGCCACACACGGGGUGCUGCGCCAUCAUGGGGUGGGCUGGGGGGAUGGGGAUGGGAAGCAAUAGGGGAUGGGGACGGGUGCUGAGGUGGGGUGAGCCCAGCUGGCCUGAAAGGGUCGGUGUCUUUCUAAUGCUGUUCCAUAUCUCUGUGAUGAAGGCAAUACUACUCCCAUUUUCUCUGUCCUGUACGCAUGCCUCUCCCUGUCCAGCUGCACUAAGAGUUCAAAUAAAGACAUCCGUGAGCUGAGUCAGCUCCCACACCCCCUGCCUUGAAGCGUCCCUCCUUGCCCAAGGAUCGCGGUCCCGGUGGCCGUGCUGUCCUCACAUUGGAUCAGAGCCCUCUUGGAAAACUCACAUUGGUUGCAACAUCUUCAUUUGGUGGAGGGAAGCACUGCAGAGCUGACCAAUGCAUUGCCUCUCCCUGCUCUGAGCUGAACUAAUCAGCAGUAAAGCUGGAGCGGUGCCAUCAUU